AUGAAGAAGAAUGAGGGAGACAACAUCUUCCGCUUCUACAAGAACAAGUACGUGAUCACGGGGGUGACCAUCCUGUCCUUCCUCCUGAUGUUCCAAUACAAGUACCACGAAGUGCUGAUCCUACACGACAACAGUGAAAAUGCGGCACAAAGCAACAAGCUCUUUUGGGCACGACUGCUCUUCGGACGAACAAGGAGUCGCAUCACAGGUCAGAUAUUAAAAAUAGAAAUACCAAACACAUACAGAUUGUAUAUCUUUGACUUUUUAAUUAAAUACAUGCAUAUCAACAAGGAAGAAAUAAAAUACCCAAUUGAGUCAUAUAAAUCCAUUGGAGAGUUCUUUUCUCGUUACAUAAGAGAGGAAACAAGACCCAUCGGAGAUGUUAGUGAUUACUCCAUAGUCAGUCCAUGUGACAGUGUACUGAUGGAUUACGGAGAGUUGACAUCCGAUUAUCUUGAAAACAUUAAAGGAGUCAAAUUUAAGGUGAGCAGUUUUUUAGGAUCCAAUUUCCAGAAAAAGUACAACGACGAAAGUACCAAAUUUUUUUAUGCCAUUUUUUAUUUAAGUCCAAAAAAGUACCACCAUUUCCAUGCCCCUUUUAAUUUCAAAUACAAAAUUAGAAGACACAUAUCUGGAGAGUUGUUUCCAGUUUUUCAAGGUAUGUUUAAAAUCAUUAAUAAUCUCUUUAGUAUUAACGAGAGGGUUAUCCUCUCUGGAGAAUGGAAAGGUGGGAAUGUCUACUAUGGAGCUAUUAGUGCCUACAAUGUUGGCAAUAUAAAAAUCAUUAAUGAUGAAGAACUGGUGACGAAUAGUUUGAGAACUCAGUUAAGCUACAUGGGUGGAGAUAUCAACACGAAGAUUUUCGACUCAUAUAAAAAUCUCGAAGUUGGUGACGAAAUUGGGGAAUUCAAAAUGGGCUCAUCCAUUGUUGUCAUCUUUGAAAAUAAGAAGGACUUCUCUUGGAAUGUCAAGCCCAACCAGCCGGUCUCCGUGGGACAGAGGCUUGGCGGGGUUGGCGAGCCCGUCAAGGAGAAAAACAGGUUCAUCAAAAUUAGGAGUUGA